UAUAAUUUGGAGAAUUUCCAUUAAUUUUGUAAACAACAACUUUUAAAAACUUGGCAACCCUAUUGUUAUCAAAGAUUUAAAACAAAUUUGUUUUAAAAAUAUUUAGCGCUUCUCAUACUAAUUUCUUACUUAUUUUAUCGCAAACUGUAAUUUGAUUUAACCCUAGUAUUUAAAAAUUACAAAAGUAUGUCUUUAAAGAAACAACUUGAUUUAUAUAUAGAAGUUGAUGUCCUAACAGCGGGGACAACGGCGGAAGUUGUCAAUGCAAUCUUGGAAUCAUUAUUGUAUCAAAGGAACCAGAUACCAUUUGUUUAUAAAACCUAUCGAUAUUAUGUCAACAAAUGGUUAGAACAGGAACAGAAGCAAUCAAAACUUGACAACGAAAUCUGUGGAGUGCAAAGUUUUCAGGUGCAACGAAAGAAACAACAAGCUACCGCCACCAAGGAAGCUAUAAGCGCCAUGAGAGAGACUAUUAAAAAGGCCUUUGAAAAGAAACCUAUAAAAUCUUUAAGAUUUUUGUUUGGCUCCACCAUAUUUACCGCCAAGGAAUGUUAUACGUUACACAUACCUACUGAAAAUAUUGCAAUGAACCAUUUUCAUGACCAUCAUAGUAUAUCACCGGCCAAACUAAAUCAAACCUUAUUAUCUCUAUUAACGAGUGAAGAUCUUUAUGGCAUAUUUUCUCAUAAUUUAAAUCCUACUAACAUGUAUUUGGAAUUAGAAAUAAUGGAAAAUGAAAAUCCCAACUUAAUAUCUAGUAAGGAAGCCCUCAACAAAUCACAAAUAUUUCCCAAAGAUUUUUCAUCAUUACCGGCCAGCUGUAAGGACAUUCAUAUACAUUUAAUGCAUAAACCCGUCGCCACUAUUGAUUAUAAACAACUUAAAUGUUGUAAAGAUCUACAAGUGUUCGAGGAUCUAAUAAGUUUAAAUUUGGACGAUGCCAGCGAACGACAGGACAAUGUUAAUAAUAAACUGUUUAAAUCAUAUCCAAAUUCAACACCUGCUUGGUGGGAAGCUGAAAUUGUUAUACGCGGUUUUAAGGAUCAACCUACUAAGGGGUUUAAUAUUUGGUCAUAAUUUUUUUUUAAGAAUAUUGGGAUAGUUUUCAACCGCUAUGGACUUUUUAAUUAGAUUACUUUUUUUAAUAAAUAGAUGACGUAUUUUGAAUAAAGUUUUUAGAUUUAAUAAAAAAGAACUUA